AUGGCUGCUGCUGCUGCAGAAAUGCUGCAGCAAUUGCAGAGCCAGAUCACCUGUAGCAUCUGUUGGAAUUACUUCUGUGAACCAGUUACCAUCCGGUGUGGGCACAGCUUUUGCCGAGCAUGUCUCCCAAGUUCGACAGCUACAGCUUUCUCCUGCCCUGAAUGCAGGCAAGUGUCUCAGGUCAGAGAAUUGCCGGUAUGUAUCAAUGGGAGCCUAGUAGAGCUGACUGAAUUGGGCAAACGGCUCAGCUCCCAGCUGGUGCAGAGUGCUGGAGGACAGAGGCGCUGUGCCACUCACCACCAAGCCUUGGAGUUCUUCUGUGAAGACGAGCAGACGCUGCUCUGUCAGAGCUGUUGCCAAACCCCAGAGCACGGGGCUCACAGGCUCUCUCCUGUACAAGAAGCUGCAUCCAAUUUCAGGAAGAAGCUGCAGCACAUUCAAAGCUGCUUAGAGAAGCACUUUGAAGAAGCAGAGAAACUUCUUGCUAAUCACAGGCCUCUUGUGAACUGGGGCGAAAUGAUUACAGAAGAAUACUUCAAACCCUACAACCGCUACUUAUUCAAGGAAUGCCCUUUUGAGAGGAUUGAGCAGGAAGAAAGCAGGGAGCGCGACAGACUCUCUCAGCAAAGGAGAAGCCUUCAGGACCUCAUGCUGGAUCUCCAGGAAGCAGAGUGCCAGCCCAAUCUGGAUCUGCUGCGGGAUGUCAAGCAGUUGCUGCAAAGGAGCGAGUCCGUGUUGUCCCAAAGGGCCAAGGCGCUCAUCCCAGAGCUGAGAGUGUGUCCCGUCUCUGGCAUGAUAGAGAUGCUCAACCGCUUCAGAGUGGACAUCAGGAUGGAGCCCACAUCAGCCAGUCCUUGCCUGAUUGUGGCCGAGGAUCUGAAGAGUGUAAGAGCUGGACAAGGCUGGCAGCUGGACAGCCAACCUGCUGAUGAUCCCGAUCUUCCCAUUGUCCUUGCUGAGCAGGCCUUCAGCUCAGGCAGACAGUACUGGGAGGUGGAUGUGACCCAACUGCCUCAGUGGAUGCUGGGGAUCCACACACCCUACUUGAAGAGAGAAAGUGGAGGCAGCAAGAAGCAUUGUCCCUCCGUGUUCUUCCUGCGAUGUGUCAAGAAGGAAGAGAAUUACUUUUUGCAAUCCUACCCUGGAUCACUGAACCACAGACUGAAAAGCCCUAUUCCCAGGGUAGGCCUCUACCUAGAAUACCAAACUGGCACCCUCGCCUUUUACAAUGUUCUCCAGAGUUCUCUUAUUUAUCAGUUACCUGAUAUUUCCUUCGUAGCACCUGUUACACCCAUGUUUUCUCCUGGCCCCCCACUUCCAGGAACAAAGCCUGGUGCCAUGACUCUCUGUCCAGUGGAUUCUCAUCUUUGUGCUUGCUGCUAUUCAUCUCUCUGA